ACCUCAUUGUCUCAGGACAUUUACUCCGAUGAGCCAGUAUUUGUUAGCAUACGUUAAUAGAUCUCUUUUCAAUCCAUACAAGCUUCUGGGAAAAGCUGUAUCCAAUGGCUAUCUAGUCAGCUAGGCGUAUUCAGUCUGGUUUUGUUAACACGCGGUGUAAUGUUAGCCACUUUUAGCAUUUUACUGUUGGUCACUUUGGCUAACUUAAUGGUAACGUCGAUUGUCGUUUGAACGGAAGGGCAGCUUUGAUUGAAAUGUUAUACCGUUAGUUAAGUUACUUAAUUAACUAAACAAAUAGCCGUCUAGAUCUGAAUUUCCGGCUACGUUGUAACGUUACAAUUCAACCUUACCGUUCGAUUUUGUGUCAAUUCCAAGCUAGUAGUAUAUUAGCCCGUUUCCGUCGGCGAUUGUAAAAACAUGUAUAAUGAUAAACUUAACUUGCUACGUAGCAGACUAUAUCGUGUGAAAUUGCGGUUAGAAUAUUUAUUGGUUCGCUAAUGGAGUCCAGGUUACACUUAAACCUGUCUGGCAAUGUCCAGCACAAGUUGGAAACCGUUUGUAUUCGGAGGGCUGGCUUCAGUUACUGCCGAGUGUGGUACUUUCCCGAUCGACCUGACAAAAACUCGUCUGCAAGUCCAAGGGCAAGUCGGCGACAGUAAGUACAAAGAGAUCCGCUACCGUGGAAUGCUGCACGCCUUCGUGAGGAUAUGCAGAGAGGAAGGCCUCUGGGCUCUGUACUCCGGAAUCGCCCCGGCCAUGCUCCGGCAAGCCUCAUAUGGGACUAUAAAGAUUGGUACUUACCAGAGCUUCAAAAGAUUGCUGGUGGAGAGGCCGGAGGAUGAAACGCUGAUCACAAACGUGCUCUGCGGCAUACUUUCCGGGGUUAUCUCCUCCUCUAUCGCCAACCCCACGGACGUGCUCAAGAUCCGGAUGCAGGCACAGGGAAAUGUCAUUCAGGGAGGCAUGAUGGGAAAUUUCAUGGACAUCUACCAGCAGGAGGGAACGCGAGGGCUCUGGAAGGGAGUGUCCCUGACUGCUCAGAGGGCGGCCAUUGUAGUGGGGGUGGAGCUUCCGGUCUACGACCUCACUAAAAAGCACCUGAUCCUGUCUGGUCACAUGGGAGACACGGUGUACACACACUUCCUGUCCAGUUUUGUGUGCGGCCUGGCCGGGGCUCUGGCCUCCAACCCGGUUGACGUGGUCCGCACUCGCACGAUGAACCAGAGGGCCCUGCUGGGAGGGGCCAACGCGGGCUAUAAGGGCACUGUGGACUGCCUGCUGCAGACGCUGAGGUCCGAGGGGUUCUUCGCUCUCUACAAGGGGUUCUUUCCUAACUGGUUGAGGCUGGGUCCUUGGAAUAUCAUUUUCUUCAUCACGUACGAGCAGCUGAAGAAGCUGGACGUGUGACCGGGACCGCCCUGCAGGGAGGCGGCUCUGCAGAUCCGCGUGAGCCGAUUGGCCGACGGGGUCCCUAGCGACGGCGGAAUGUCCGGGUUCCUCCGGGAGAGGGACCUACCAUCGCCAUCGCCGCUCAGCGCAAGCGCUUUUCCCGACUGAACGCGUGUUUCUGGUCAAAUAG